GUUUAAGUCCAAGUGUGCCUUAUGUGCAGACGUUGCCUAUUCUUUACAGAGUCAAGCAGAGAGAUAGCAGAGGGUACGAAGGAGAAUUUAUAUCAAAUUGUUUUGGCAAUAUACAGAAUACUUCUUGGUUGGAUCCAGCUCAAACUGGCUGAUGCUUGAUCAUGGUACAUCUUAUUGUGGACAGGCCCAUUACAGUUUUUUAAGAGUCUCUAAAAAGGAAGGCGGGAGCUCCUGCAGCACUUCCUUUGUAAGAGAGUCACACCAGCUCUUACCUCUGUGAGAGUUCUGAGUCUUAGGUAGCAUGAGUGUGUCCUCCUCCCUUCAGUACAGGACACCGUCCACUGCCAGCAGCAGUUACUUCUUGACCAGAAUGCCAAAAUGGAGACCAUGCUUGUUUCUGCUUUUGCCCCUGACUGUGUGUUUUGACAGCGAAGUGACUCUGGUGAAAUCCAUCGGGAGAGAACCAGAUGUUACUCCAUUGUGCAACACUACAACACCGAGUCACAUCACACUCGUGGUGUGUAAGAUCAGAACAGAGAUGAGCGGGGGGGAAGAGUGUCUUCUGCUGUAUCGAUAUGGACGGGACUUUGAGAACAACUGCAGCUCCAGAUUCACACUCAUGAGGUUGAAUCAGAAUAUGGUUCUCCACCUGACCAGUUUAACACCAGGGGAUAGUGGGACCCACACCUGUGAGUGUGCACAUCCUGGUGGAACAGACAUUCUCCAUCUGAAUAUCACUGUAGAAGAGGAUGUAGAUGCCGACACUUCAACACAAAUGCUGAUUCUAAGCUCCUUGAUGGCUGUAACUAUAGUCAUCACUAUAACUGCAGUUAUCUUCAGCUGUAUCUACAGACGUGUACGACAUGGAAGACAACCACAACCGCUAAGCAGUCAUCUGAACACGGAGCCAGAAGACAUCGAGCCAUACAGCACCUUCAUGCAGAGAGAGAGUGGACUUUAUUCAACUGUCAGGUUAAAUGCCUGUUAAUGCCACUAAUAAUACAAACAUGUCAACCACAGAGGACACAUGCAGGGGAAUUUACUGACCUAUACUGUCUUAAGUGAAAGGGGACCCGUUGCCCACCAGGUGGCACUGUUUUGCAUGUUAAAAGCUUUCUAUUGGUAUUAUAUGUAAGUUAUUAUCAUAAGAAUCAACAAAUGAUCUUAUGAACAAACUGUUCAAACUAAGUUGU